AUGAAAACGACGCCGUCAUCAGCACCUGCUCACAGAGAAGAACCGCCGACACAAUGUCUACGUCAUCCGCCCACCCAUGACAACAGAGCUGCUUUCUACCGCAGUUGCCACCGCCUGCAACAUCGACUGUGCGAGAUGCAGGAAACCUGGACGAUUCGAAAGACCGGGGAGAUCCAAGGGUAUGUAGAUCACAAUGAAAGGAAGGAAUUCUUUGUCGCGAUGAAGUCUGUCUACGGUCCCACAGCCAAAGGAACUGCUCCUCUCCUCAGCGCCGAUGGCAGUAUCCUACUCACCGAGAAGGAACAAAUUCAACAACGGUGGGCCGAGCACUUCCGAGGCGUCUUCAACCGCCCCUCCACCAUCUCCGACGUCCCCAUAGCCCGUUUGCAGCAAGUGGAGACCAACGUGGACUUCGACCUCCCGCCCUCUUUCCAGGAAACCACCAGGUCCGUGCAGCAGCUCUCCAGCGGGAAAGCACCCGGAUUGGGUACGAUCCCUGCUGAGGUCUACAAGCACGGUUGCUUCCAAAUCAUGUAUCACCUGACUGCGCUCUUCCAGGAGAUGUGGCGUCAAGGCAAAGUCCGGCAGAAUUCAAAGACGAAAUCAUCGUGCAUCUAUACAAUCGAAACGGAAAUUGCCAUCUCUGCGUCAAUCACCAGGACAUCUAGUCGCUGA